UGCAUCGAGGGCGAAGCGCAGCCUGAAAAAUGGCCCCGACUCCGCGCGUCCUGUGGAUCUAUCCUUCCCUUUUCCUGCUCACCUCCACGGUGGUUUUUCACGUGUUUUCGCCGUGUGGAGCCUUAAGGAAUUACCCGGACAAUGAAGUUACAUUGCUGGACUCCAUGUCAGCCUUGGCCGACCUGGGCUGGGAGGCUUAUCCUAAUGAAGGGUGGGAGGAGAUCAGCGUGAUGGAUGAGCGGAACACGCCGAUGAGGACGUACCAGGUGUGCAAUGUCAUGCAGGCCAACCAGAACAACUGGCUGCGGACGCGCCACAUCAGCCGGGAAGGAGCCCAGCGCGUUUACAUCGAGAUCAAAUUCACCCUGCGCGACUGCAACAGCCUGCCUGGCGUCCCCGGUACCUGCAAAGAGACAUUCAACAUGUACUACUAUGAGUCGAACAACGCCAACUUGUGGUUCAUCAAAGAGAGCCAGUAUGUCAAGAUUGAUACGAUUGCUGCAGAUGAAAGCUUCACGCAGGUGGAUGUUGGCGACCGCGUGAUGAAGCUAAACACAGAAGUGCGCGACAUCAGCAACCUAAGUAAAAAAGGCUUCUACCUGGCCUUCCAGGACCUGGGCGCUUGCAUCGCUCUGGUUUCGGUCAGGGUCUUCUACAAGAAGUGUCCACUGACUGUGCUUAAUCUGGCCCAGUUCCCCGACACGAUAACAGGGGGAGACACAGCCCUGGUCGAGGUACACGGAGCUUGCGUGAAUGCCUCAGAGGAAUUUGAGGCUCCAAAAAUGUACUGCAGCGCAGACGGAGGCUGGCUGGUUCCUAUCGGGAGGUGUGUGUGUAAACCGGGCUUCGAGGAGAACAAGGACAUCUGCCAAUCAUGCCGACCUGGAACCUACAAGGCCUCGGCCACGGACGCCUACUGCAACAAGUGUCCUCCCCACAGCUCGUCUCCUCACGAGCAAGCCACGGAGUGCAUUUGCGAGAAAGGCUUUUACCGGGCCGACAGCGAUCCGCGCUCGAUGGCGUGCACACGUCCUCCAUCUGGUCCAGAAAACCCAAUCUCCACAGUGAACGAGACCUGCGUCACACUGGAAUGGUCUUCCCCUCGAGACACGGGAGGACGCGGAGAUAUCUCUUACAGCCUUCACUGCAGGAAGUGCUCCGGCGAGGGCAAACAGUGUGUACCCUGUGGAAGCAGCGUCCACUUUGUGCCCAGACAAUUUGGCCUCUCAUCGGCCACUGUCACCGUCACCGACCUGCAGCCAGACUCCAACUACAGUUUCAUCAUCGAGAGCCAGAACGGCGUGUCAGAUUUGAGUCCAACGCCAAAAGGAAGAGCAACGAUUAAUAUUACCACGUCACAGACAGUGAGUGUCGUGUUAAAGGAGAGGCGCAGCAAGGACAGUGUGACCUUGGCCUGGCAAGGCCCAGAGAGACCCAAAGGUGCCAUAGUGGAGUAUGAAGUCAUCUACUAUGAGAAGAACCAGCGGGAGCAGAACUACACCGUUUUGAAAACUCGUUCCAACAUGAUGACAGUGGACGGGCUUAAACCAGGCACCACCUACGUGUUCAGGGUCAGGGCUCGAACCGAUGGUGGAUACGGCAGCUAUGGGGGAGAAAUUGAACUGGAAACUAGCCAUGAAGACGUCUUUGCUAUUGGAGACCCGAACCAGACCACCAUCCUGGCCAUAUCCAUCGCCGGCGGCGUCGUUCUCCUCAUCUUCCUGGUGACGUGCUUCGUCGUUAGCGGAAGGCACUGUGGAUAUAUCAAAGCCAAGCAGGACCCUGACGAAGAGAAGAUGCAGUUCCAGCACGGUCGAGUCAAGCUUCCUGGCAGUAGAACUUACAUCCAUCCCCACACCUAUGAAGACCCCAACCAGGCUGUCAGAGACUUCGCCAAAGAGAUCGAUGCUACCAAUAUUCGCAUCGAGAGAGUUAUUGGAGCUGGCGAGUUUGGAGAGGUGUGCAGCGGGCGGCUACGAGUGCAAGGAAAGCGAGAGAUCUACGUGGCCAUCAAGAGUCUGAAGGCAGGCUACUCUGACAAGCAGAGGCGGGACUUCCUGUCAGAGGCCUCCAUCAUGGGACAGUUUGACCACCCGAACAUCAUCAGGCUGGAGGGAGUCGUCACGAAAUGUAAGCCGGUGAUGAUCAUAACAGAGUUCAUGGAAAAUGGAUCACUGGACACCUUUCUCAAGAAACACGACGGCCAGUUCACAGUAAUCCAGCUGGUUGGCAUGCUGCGUGGCAUUGCCUCAGGCAUGAAGUACCUGUCAGACAUGAGCUACGUUCAUCGGGAUCUCGCGGCACGAAACAUUCUGGUCAAUAGCAACCUUGUGUGCAAGGUGUCUGACUUUGGCCUGAGUCGGGUUCUGGAGGAUGACCCGGAAGCUGCAUACACCACUAGGGGAGGGAAGAUCCCCAUCAGGUGGACCGCUCCCGAGGCCAUUGCCUACAGGAAGUUCACCUCAGCCAGCGAUGUGUGGAGUUAUGGUAUCGUCAUGUGGGAGGUGAUUUCAUAUGGCGAAAGACCCUACUGGGAGAUGUCCAACCAGGAUGUAAUAAAGGCAAUAGAUGAAGGCUACCGCCUUCCUGCACCAAUGGACUGUCCAGUGGUGCUGCACCAGCUCAUGUUGGACUGCUGGGAGAAGGGACGCAGUGAGCGACCCAAAUUUGGGCAGAUCGUCACAAUCCUGGACAAGCUCAUCAGAAACCCUGCCAGCCUGAGAGAGCUGGCUAACAGCCCAGCAGGUGAGGAGCCGACGACUCCAGAAUUCAGUGUGAGCACUGUGGAUGAGUGGUUGGAGGCCAUCAAGAUGGGCCAGUAUAAAGAUAGCUUUUCCAGCGCUGGAUACAUCAGCUUGGACUCAAUACUCUACAUCAGUGUCAGUGAAUUGGCUAAAAUGGGUGUGACUCUAUCCGGCCACCAGAAGAAGAUUUUAUCCAGUGUGCAGAGCCUGCAGAGCCAGGGGACACAUGUUCAAGUAUAACACUCCUCACAUUAACACACGUUGAGCAAGCGCCAAGCUUUUGGAUGAUCAUGUUGAGAUUUUCCCUACUAAAAUGGAGACUGGAUACGCCGUUGUUUUAACAGUCACCGAGUUGGAGGACAACAUGGACGAUUGCCUCCUUUACAUUCUUACACUAUUCUUCCACUCCUCGUUGGACACUGCCAGCUUUGGAGUCCCCAGCAGCAACACAACCACCAAUACAGACCAACGUCUACUGCAUCAUUCACAUUGCAACAGCUAAAAAAAUAUUAUAUAUAAUCAAAAGACACAGAAAGAAAAGACAAGAAAAUAGAAUCUAAUUAUCAUGUGAGGUUUACAGUUGGUUUUGUUGUCUUCUUGUUUCUGCUUUCACCUUGAAGAGUUAAAGAGAUGCCACAAGUACAUGUAAUUUACAGUAUAUGUGACGAUAUAUGUUUAUAGUUGGAAGCUAAUCCCACACCCGUCUAGAUGGACCUAGUGUUUGUAUUGGUUUUGAGGUUUCUGUGCUAGUUUCUACCUAGUACAUAUGCAGUCUCCUCACAGCAAAUGAGGACUGACCGAAAUGUUUGGGUGUGAGGGGAACUGGACCUAAAGAGUAAGUUGGUGUCCAAGAAUGAGUGCUUCCCUCGACACAGAUUUGACAUUGGGCAUUGAUGAUGUGCAAAGAAUCUCCUGAAUGUUUAUUUGGUGGCAUUUUUCUUCCGUUACAUUGUUCCCGGCAAUAUUCAGAACAGUGCCGGCCUGCUGAGGCAUUUUAUUCUCACCAUUAAAGGUGAAGUUUGCAAUUUUAAAACUCUCAGCAAGAUUUGAAUGUAGCUUCACUUCACUAAAAACCAAAAGAGAGGUAAUAACCUUACCUGUUGAGCCGAAAUGUUGCUAAUCC